AUGAAUAUGACCGAAAAUAACCUUCUCGAGCUACUAUCAUUAAAAAAUUAUGAUUAUUAUUUAAAAUAUUAUAACUAUGAACAUGUUGAAAGAAAACACAUUUCGUUUAAUAACAGCGGGAAUAUAUGUUACUGUAACGCUUCUUUACAAUUAAUAUUAUCUAUAAAACCUUUGUGUAUCUAUUUAUUGAAAAAAUUAAAAAAAAUAUCUUUUAAUACAAAAUCUAAAUAUAAAGGAGAUAUAUUAAAAACUGUAUGUGAUUUAAUAGAAGAAGUGUAUGGGAAAAGCAACUCAGAUAAUAAUAAUAAUAAUAAUAAUAAUAGUAAUAAUAAUAAUAAUAAUAAUAGUAAUAAUAAUAAUAGUAAUAAUAAUAAUAAUAGUAAUAAAUAUAAAAGUCAUAUAAUUUGUACAAAUAAACAUAUAAAUUUAUUAAAAAAAAUCAAAAAAUAUAAUAAUAAUAUUAUAAUUAAUGCUCAAAAUGAUGCACAUGAAUUUUUAUUGAUGUUAUUAAAUUUUAUAAAUGUGGAAUGUAAUAGAUAUUUAAAGAUACCAGAAAACUUCGAUAUAAAAUUAAAUGAUAAAGAUAAUAAACAAAAUGCUGGAGAUAAGUAUUGGAUAAAAUAUUUAUUUAAAGAUAACAGUAUCGUGACCGACUUAUUAGGAUUUCAAAAUAUUUCUAGUAUCACAUGUAUUAAUUGUGGACAUACCAGAUAUAGUUUUGAAUUUUGUAUUGACUUAGGUUUAGAGUUUCAAGAAGAAAAUAUCAAAAGUACAAAUCUUAUAGACCUAUUAAAAAAUAAUAUUAUACAAGAAGAACAUUUCUGUUAUUUAGAUUGUGAAAAUUGUAAAUUAAAAAAAACAAGUCGAGUUAAAAAAGGAAUAUAUAGAUUGCCAAACUUGUAUAUGAUUAUUUAUAUUAAAAGAUUUAAAUGGAUUUAUGAUCAACGUACAAAUUAUUAUAAUAAUAAAAUCAAAAAAAUUGAUACCACUGUUUUGUUACCAUUAGAUGGUAUUAUUGAUUUUACGUCCUUUUCACAUAUGUCAACUCAUAAAUCAUUAAUUAAUUCGAAAUAUAUUAUAGAAAGUAUUAUAUGUCAUACAGGAAAUUGUUAUAAUGGUCAUUAUACAUGUAUUGUUAAAUAUAGUGAUGGAUUUUAUAAAUGUAACGAUGAAAAAAUUAGGAAGAUAAACAAUCCAUACAGCUCAGAAAAUAUUAACGACAUAUAUUUGUUGUUACUCAGGCGCUUACCCUAA